UUUCCCCGGCCCCGCAGCCCUUCACAGCCCGCCGACUGCCGGGCCAGCGCGAGCCGCGAUGCCCGCCGCCUCCCUGCUCCUGCUCCUGCUCGGGCUCGGGCUGGUGCCCGCGGCUCUUCCGCUGCUGGAUACAAGUACGUUUUUAAUAUAUAAUGAGGAUCACAAGCGUUGUGUAUUAGCUCAAAGUUCUAGCUCAGUGAUAACCGCCCCUUGCAAUCAGGAGAAUGAGUCCCAAAAAUUCAGGUGGGUUUCUGAUUACCAUCUUAUGAGCAUGACAUUGAAAUUAUGCUUGGGCGUACCUUCAAAGAAAGACUGGGUUCGAAUCACUCUGUAUCCUUGUGACAAGACAAGUAAACUUCAGAAAUGGGAAUGCAGAAAUGAGACCCUUUUCGCAAUCCAAGGAGAAGAUUUAUUUUUCAACUAUGGCAACAAACAGGAAAAGAAUAUUAUGCUUUACAAGGGAUCAGGUCUGUGGAGUAGGUGGAAGAUUUAUGGAACCACAGAUGAUUUGUGUUCUCGGGGCUAUGAAGAUCUCUUUUCACUACUGGGCAAUGCCAAUGGAGCACCCUGUGUAUUCCCUUUCAAGUUCAAUAGCCAAUGGUACGCUGAGUGUACAGAUGUGGGAAGAUCAGAUGGCUGGCUCUGGUGUGGAACAACAUCAGACUUUGAUGUAGACAAGAUGUAUGGAUUUUGUCCACUGAAAUUUAGUGGCAGUGAUACAUUGUGGAAUAUAGAUCCUUUGACAGGAGCCCAUUACCAGAUAAACUCCCAGUCAGCACUAACAUGGCACCAGGCAAGAAAAAGCUGUCAUCAACAGAAUGCAGAGUUAUUAAGUAUCACAGAGUUGCAUGAACAAACGUACCUGGCAGGAUUAACUGGAAGAUUGAGUGCUGCACUCUGGUUUGGUCUUAAUAGUUUGAAUUUCAACAGUGGAUGGCAAUGGAGUGGGGGCAGUCCUUUCAGAUACUUAAACUGGGUCCCAGGAAGCCCUUCUCCAGAGCCGGGAAAAAUCUGUGCAGCAUUAAAUCCAGCAAAAGGUGCAAAAUGGGAAAACCAAGAGUGUAAUCAGAAACUUGGCUACAUUUGUAAAAGAGGAAAUGCCACUUUAGAGUCUUUCAUUAUUCCUUCAGAGACUGAUAUGCCUAUUACGUGUCCUACUCAAUGGAUGUCAUAUGCGGGUCACUGUUACCUAAUUCACAAAGACUUCAAAAUAUGGAAAGAUGCCCUAACUUUUUGCAGGAAGGAGGAUGGAGAUUUGGCGAGUAUCCAUAAUGUUGAAGAGUACAGCUUUAUUGUUUCUCAACUUGGGUACCAGCCAAAGGAUGAGCUGUGGAUUGGACUGAAUGACAAUAAGGUUCAAAUGUAUUUUGAAUGGAGUGAUGGCAGUCCUGUGACGUACACUAAAUGGUUGCGUGGAGAACCAACCCAUGCAAACAAUAGGCAAGAAGAUUGUGUUGUCAUGAAAGGGAAGGAUGGGUAUUGGGCAGAUCACGCAUGUGAAAAAAAACUUGGAUACAUUUGUAAAAGGAAACCUUUGGGAGAAGCUCCGAAGGAAGAGGAGAUUGUUGAAGAAGGCUGCCAGAGAGGCUGGAAAAGACAUGGUUUUUAUUGUUACCUGAUUGGAAGUACAUUUGCAUCGUUUCCUGAAGCUAAUCAGACCUGUGGAAGAAACCAGGCUAAUCUAGCUAGUGUUGAAGACAGAUAUGAACAAGCCUAUCUGACUAGUUUGAUUGGGUUGAGGCCUGAAAAAUAUUUUUGGAUUGGCCUUUCAGAUAUACAAGAAAAAGGGACUUUCAAGUGGACAAGUGGUGAAUCUGUCUUAUUCACCCACUGGAAUUCAGAAAUGCCUGGAAGAAAGCCUGGUUGUGUUGCUAUGCGAACUGGAAUUGCAGGUGGAUUAUGGGAUGUUAUAAAAUGUGAAGAAAAGGCAAAAUUUCUCUGCAAGCAGUGGGCUGAGGGAGUGACGCCUCCACCUGUACCUACUACAACUCCUGUCCCCACAUGCCCUGGUGGUUGGGAUUCAAACAAUCGCAUCAGCUUCUGUUUCAAACCUUAUUCAAGAGAACAAAAGAAAACCUGGUUUGAAUCUCGAGAUUUUUGUAGAGCUAUAGGAGGAGAUCUGGCCACGGUUAACGGUAAAGAAGAACAGUAUGCAAUAUGGCGCUCUAUAGCAAACAGUGGACUCUAUCAUCAAAAUUUCUGGAUUGGUUUAUUUUACUUGAAUCCUGAUGAUGGAUUUUCCUGGAGUGAUGGUUUUCCAGUGAGGUAUGAAAACUGGGCCUUUGGAGAGCCAAAUAAUUAUCAAGGAGUUGAACUUUGUGUGGAGCUUACUGGAGAUUCUAGCAUGCUAUGGAAUGACAGGCAUUGUGAUUAUUUACAUGCCUGGAUUUGUCAAAUAAAAAAAGGAGCAACAGUAAAACCUGAACCAACAGAAUCUCCUGCUCCCAAAUAUAAGGUUACUAGUGAUGGAUGGAUUAUAAAUAAAGACAAGCAGUACUAUUUCAGCACGGACAGUGUUCCUAUGGAAAAAGGUCGGGAAUUCUGCAAGAAGAAUUUUGGUGAUCUUGCUGUCAUUGAUGAUGAAACUGAAAGGAAGUUUCUGUGGCGAUAUAUCUUGAAAAAUGGCAAAGAGGAUGCAUAUUUCAUUGGAUUACAACUGAGUGUUGAUCAACGAGCUAGCUGGAUGGAUGGAACCCCAGUGACUUUUUUAGCUUGGGCACCACAUGAGCCCAACUUUGCAAACAAUGAUGAAAACUGCGUAGUUAUGUAUAAAAACUUAGGAUUUUGGAAUGAUAUAAACUGUGGAUAUCCAAAUCCUUAUGUAUGUGAAAGACACAACAGUUCCAUUAAUGUGACUGUUCCUCCAACAACACUUUAUCCUAUGGCAGGAUGUCAAGAAAAUUGGCUUUUGUAUAAGAAUAAGUGUUACAGAAUGUUUGGCUCUAAAGAAGAUGAGCGUAAAAGCUGGCAUGCUGCGAGGAAAGCUUGCAUGGAUUUAGGAGGAAAUCUGGCUACCAUACCUCAUGGAGAAGUGCAAGCUUUCCUCAUCUUUCAUUUAAAGGAUUCUGUAACUGACACAUGGAUUGGUUUAAAUGAUAUAAACCAUGAACUCAGGUUCCUUUGGACUGAUGGAACUGGAGUAUACUAUACAAACUGGGCGAAUGGCUUUCCAUCUGGACAGCUGGAUUUAUACUCAUAUGAUAGCCAGGCUGACUGCGUUGUCAUGAGAAAUAAACCUAUAAAGGAGGCUGGGAAAUGGGUGGAUGAAAGCUGUGACAACAACAGAGGCUAUAUAUGCCAAAUUAAUACAGACCCUAAGUUGUUCCCUUCACCAACAUCACUGCCACCAAAAUUUGUCCUUUUUGGUAACAGCAGUUAUUCCUUGAUCCAUUCGCCAAUGAAAUGGGAGGAUGCCCGAAAAUUCUGUAGAAGUGAUCUCUCAGACCUUGCCAGCAUCUUGGAUCCAUACAGUCAUUCAUAUCUGUGGCUACAGAUAUUAAAGUAUGGGCAGCGUAUAUGGAUUGGUCUUAAUAGCAAUAUGACGGAGGGCCAUUAUGAAUGGAUUGAUAACUGGAAAAUGAAGUAUACUAAGUGGGCAGAAGGGGAGCCAAAGCAAAAAAUAGCUUGUGUCUAUUUGGAUCUUGAUGGAGCCUGGAAGACAGGAUUUUGUAAUGAAAGCUACUUCUUUGUAUGUAAAAGGUCUAAUGUGAAGGCCCCCACUGAUCCUCCACAACUUCCAGGAACGUGUCCUGAAACAGAAGAACGUCGAUCUUGGAUCCCAUUCCGUGGCCAUUGUUACUACUUUGAGUCAUCACUUACUCGAAACUGGGCCCAGGCAUCCUUAGAAUGCCUCCGUUUAGGUGCUGCUUUAGUUUCAGUAGAAGAUUCAGCUGAAGUCGACUUUCUGGCACACAACAUAGAGCCUCUUGAAAGAAAAUCAUCAACUUUUUGGACAGGAAUGUACAGGAACGUGGAUGGUCAGUGGUUGUGGUUAGACAACACUGCAGUGGAUUUUGUCAACUGGAAUGUAGGAGAACCUUCAAGCCAACAAAAUGAGCACUGUGUUGAAAUGUAUGCAAACUCUGGGCUCUGGAAUAAUAUUUAUUGCUCUUCCUAUAAAGGAUACAUUUGUAAAAGAUCCAAAAUUGUUGAAAUGAAAGCAACAGAGAAGCCACCAGACCAAAAGGCAGUAAAAAAAGAGAACGACAUGAGGAAUGAGGUUCAUGCACCUUCUCACAACUCUGCUGGGAUUGUAGCUAUUGUGGUGAUUCUUAUCCUAUUAGGAGCUGGCCUUGCAGGCUAUUUCUUCUACAGGAAGAGAAACAACCACCUAUCAACAAAUGACAGCUUUGAGAACAACUUGUAUUUUAAUAGUGAAACGGUUCCUGGGACUAGUGACACAAAGGACCUUGUGACCAAUAUUGAACAGAAUGAACAUGUUGCUCUCUAGUGUAAUAAAAUAAAGAUGUGCCUUGUUUUAAUAAAACUGUGCAACUGGAAUUAAGCCAAAGCUAUUUUCUGCUGAGCAAAUAUUAUAGUAGUCAGGUUUUUUGGCUCUGUAUUCUUUUUACAUAGCAUCUGCAGUUUCUUUGUUUCAUAAUCAUGUUAUAUUUGUGUAAGAUUCCAGAUGUAGCCAAACAAAAGCAGGUCUUGUGAAAAGAUAAAGUGCUGCUGAGUUAUUAAAUGAAACAAACAGAUGCACUUAACAGAAUUUAAAAUGUAUAUGUGGCCAAUGAGAGUAAGUCUUCAAGAUUUUACCAGACCUGUAUCAUCCAUCAGACAUAUAUAACCAUCAGCCAUAAAGUCUGUCCUGCCCAUGUCAUUCAAAAUUGCUCUGUAAAGAACCUGCCUGAUUCUAAUAUCUUGCAAAUAUUCCUGGAAACCUCACUACAGGCUUUGACAUUUGUUAAUUGAUGGGGUCGUAUUUAAAUACAAUCUGUUUGAAAAACAAAACCAAAGAAACAGCCUCAGGGUCUUGUUACAUGGUAAUUUUGGGAGGCUCCUGGAGCUCUUAACCCUUCGAUUGUCCACCUAUUAACACCUAAAACUAGUUUUAAGCAUUCACUAGGCAGCUCAAAGUUAUGUCACUCCAGGGCAACAUUAUCUCUGAUCUGUAUUACCCAGCUCAUGUUACACUAAGGUGUAGCCAUUCUUAGUGUGACCAUACCACCUACCCCACCCCCCUGCUGGCCCUCACUUUACCCGUGGUUGUCUUCACUGUCUGUCCUGGGGGAGCAGACAGGGAAGGGUUAAUCUUCCUGCCGAGCCACAGCUGCUGCUCUCUGGGCCAGAAGAGCAGCAGGGUGGCAGCCAGCUAGGCAGGCAGGUUAACCUGUUGCCCUGGGACAGAGAGUGUGGACAGCUACAAGUAAGCAGGUGGUGGGGUCAUGGGAACCCCAAGGGUUUACCUUACCUUUCAGUCCUCCAGAGCCCUGCUGGCCUGAAGUGUGACUCAAGCUAGCACCAGCACAAUCAGCAUUAGUGCAGUUCAGUGUAAGGUGUAACAAGGCCCUCACUGCUAUAUUGUUUCAGUUCCUAUAAUAGGUUUCAGAGUUCUCAGCUGUAGUGCAUGUGCUCACCAGAGUGUGGAAAGGGUGUGCGUGGCAUGCCCUAUUAGCUUUGCUAAUGACCACUAAGUGGGUUUGUGUGGGUGAGGCAAUGAUAGUGAGGCCAUGGCAACAUGUUUCUGUGUACCAGAGUAGCUGUUGCUGGGUAAAGAACAGUGGCCAUAUAUAUCCUAUGGCUGUAAUGGGGGUGUGCAGUUAUCUCACUGUGCUUCUUGCAAGAUACUGUGAUGUAGAGAUACUCUCUCUCAUUCACACACUCUAUUUCCCUCUAUGUGUGCAUGUGUGUGUCUCUCUGUCUCUGUCUGUUUUCUCUAACACAAUUUAGUCUCAUAAAAGAAAGAAUACUUUAAUUUUGUUAAUACACCAGACAUACUUUUUACUCAAAUAAUUUAGCUUCCAUCUUUGUAUAUUUAAACAGUGAACAGUUUGGAAAUCUUAGCAUCUCAUAUGAGUUUUUAUAAUCUGAUUUUUUUGUAAAUCUUGUAAAAUGUAAAUCAUGUGGGAAUUAACAUAUUUUCCUUGGCCAGAUAUGAAAGUGUAAAAGGAAAAUGAAAAAAAAAUUAUACAUGCAUUCAAUUUUUGUUCUGUGAAAUAAACAAUAAUAGAUUGUAAUUUUAUCAGUUUUGCAUGUUUAUAGAAUUGUAUGUAAAACUCAAUGGCCAGGUACAGGUAUUAUGCUUCUACUGGGAGAAUCAUCACUCUCUUCCAGUAGAAAUCUUGAACAUUCAAAAUGUUCACUUUCUGUAAGAGCAAAAUGCUGGUUCUUGGAGAAAAAGAACUCAUCUUCAACCCAGGGGAGAGCGAAUGCCUGUACACUUACACUGUCACUUUCAACCUAGAAGGAAAAAUGACAUUAUAUGAUAUUGAUAUGGAGCCAUGCCAACUAUGUGUUCUAUUCAUAUUUUAUCUUUGUUGUGAAUCUUAUGGUGUACUGGAUGAAUCUCAGGAACCAUUCAGUGUUAUGGCCAGUUGAUGUGUUUGUAGCAGUACUCUUUGGUCAUAUGGUGUUUCAACUUCUUUUACUUUUAAGUAGUGUGUCUUUCUUAUAGAACAGAGAGAUUCUGGAAUUUGCAAAAAUAAAUUUGCAGAUGUAAACAGGAAUUGUUAUAACAUAAGAACUGCCAUUUGCUGGGUCAGGGUUUAGUUCCAUCUUGCACAAUAUCCUGUGUCACACAGUGGCAGACUGUGUAUGCUAAGAGGGAGAGUGAACAGGGUAUGACCAAAGAUUUUCCCUUUCUGCUCUACUUGUAGCCCCCAGCAUUUAAGGUCCAGAAAGUUCCAAUCUGGAGGCUGUAUCCCUAUCUCCCAUAUUUAAUAGCUACUGAUGUCCCUUUCCUACAAGAAUUUGUCCCUUUUUGAAUCUGGCUAAACUGCAAGCUUCCACAACAUCUUGUGGCAAUGCAUUCCACACUUUAAUUGCAUGCUGUGUGAAAAAGAACUUUCUUUUGCUCAUUUUAAGGUUCCUGCCUACUAGUUUAAUUUGAUAACCCCCUAGUUUUUAGAUUGUGAGAGAACCGGGGUGGUUGUGGGGGAAGAUUGGGGAGGCUGUAGCCAUCCCAAAAUUUGCCUUAGCUCCCCCGCAUAGCCACCCCUCCCAGCACCACUACUGCCACCACCCAUCCACCCGCCCAGCACAGGUUUCCUAACCCACUGGCCCUGUGCAGAUAAGCCUGCAAAUGGUCCCAGCAGGGGUGAUGCCAGCCUCUUCCCAGUGGGGGUGGCUAGACUGGGACUGGGCUCGGAGCAGGUGGGAGUGGGGCAGGCUCUGUUGUGCAGCAUGGGCGGGUGGCGGUGGUGCUGGGAGGGGUGGCUAUGGAGGGGCUAUAGCCCCCCCAAGCCACACCCAAGACCAGCCCUGGUCCCGCCCACCCACUGGGAAGAAGCUUGUGCUGCCCCUAUAUGAGAGAGUAAAUAAUAAAUCCCCAUUUAUUUUCUUUUCACCAUUUAGUAUUUUGUAAACUCUUACUAUGUCCCUCCUCAAACAUUGCUUUUCUAAACUGAAUAGACCUAGCCUCUUUAUUCUCUCGUUAUAUGGAAGCUCCUCCAUAUCACUAAUCACCCUUGCUGACUUUCUUCAUAGAUUUCAUAGACAUUAGGGCUGGAAGGGACCUUGUAAGAUCAUCAGGUCCAGCCCCCUGCCCAGGGGCUCUUGUGUUCUUCUAUAUCCUUUUUGAGGUGCGGGGACCAAAAUUGGGCACAGUGUUCAAGGUAUGGAUGCGCCAUGGGUUUAUAAAGGGGCAUAAUGAUAUUUUCUGUUUUGUUUCCAAUUCCCUUCUUAAUUUCUAAAAUGUUGUUUGCUUUUUUGAUGGCAACUGAGUGCUGAGUUGAUGUUUCUAGUGACCUAUCCACAAUGACUUCCAGAUCUCUUUUUCCUUUGUGGCAACAGUUAAUGUAGAGCCUAUAAAAUGUAGGCCCAAAUGUAUCAAUUCACACUUAUCACCUGAUUUUCAUAUGGCAUUUGUUGUCCAUUCAUUAAGUGAAAUAUUCUUCUGCAGUUCCUUAGUCUGCCUUGGUCUUUAUCACCUUGAAUAAUUUUGUGUCAUCCACAAAUUAGGCCACCUCACUACUUAGCUGCUUUUCCAGAUUAUUUAUGAGUAGGUUAAACAGAACCAGACCUGACACAGAUUCUUAGAGGACCCUACUGUUUACUUCUUUCCUUUCUGAAAACUGGCCGUUUAUAUUAAUUCUUUGUUUUUCAUCCUUAAUUUCUAAUCCAUGAGUGAAACUUCCCUGUAAUCCCUUGACUACUUAACUUCAAUAAAAACUUUUG